AUGUUAUGCCUCAUUGUGUUACACCUCGCUUUGCCAGGCCUGGAUGUGUUACGCCUCAUUGUGUUACGCUUCGUUGUGUUACACUCGUUGUGUCACGCCUCGUUGGAUUACACCUCAUUGUGUUAUGCCUUGUUGUGUUACGCCUUGUUGUGUUACACCUUGUUGUGUUACGCCUUGUUGUGUUACGCCUUGUUGUGUUACACCUCAUUGUGUUACACCUCAUUGUGUUACACCUCAUUGUGUUACGCCUCGUUGUGUUACGCCUCGUUGUGUUACGCCUUGUUGUGUUACACCUCAUUGUGUUACACCUCAUUGUGUUACGCCUCAUUGUGUUACGCCUCGUUGUGUUACGCCUCGUUGUGUUACGCCUUGUUGUGUUACACCUCAUUGUGUUACACCUCAUUGUGUUACGCCUUGUUGUGUUACGCCUUGUUGUGUUACACCUUGUUGUGUUACGCCUUGUUGUGUUACACCUCAUUGUGUUACGCCUUGUUGUGUUACACCUUGUUGUGUUACGCCUUGUUGUGUUACACCUUGUUGUGUUACGCCUUGUUGUGUUACACCUCAUUGUGUUACGCCUUGUUGUGUUACACCUCAUUGUGUUACACCUCAUUGUGUUACACCUUGUUGUGUUACGCCUUGUUGUGUUACGCCUUGUUGUGUUACGCCUUGUUGUGUUACGCCUUGUUGUGUUACACCUCAUUGUGUUACGCCUUGUUGUGUUACACCUUGUUGUGUUACGCCUUGUUGUGUUACACCUUGUUGUGUUACGCCUUGUUGUGUUACACCUCAUUGUGUUACGCCUUGUUGUGUUACACCUCAUUGUGUUACACCUCAUUGUGUUACACCUUGUUGUGUUACGCCUUGUUGUGUUACGCCUUGUUGUGUUACGCCUUGUUGUGUUACACCUCAUUGUGUUACACCUCAUUGUGUUACACCUCAUUGUGUUACGCCUUGUUGUGA